AACGAUUACUACUGUCGUAGGGACAGAUUCAACACACGUUGGGACCGGUUAGACGUUUUUGGCAGUUCCAAGGAAAUUCUUGACUUUAACUGUAAGGAAAGGUUUUCAACACAUUAACCAAGAUGAAUGCUGCUAUAGAAAAUGCUAUGGAGCAGCAACUGCUUCAUGCUGCUAAUGUCAUGGAACAGCAGGUUGAUGCUGAGAUACAUAAGAUGGAGCAGAUGGAUGACGAUGACUUUGAAACCCUUCGUAAGAAGAGAAUGGACAUGAUGAAGAAAGCACAAUCACAAAAACAGGACUGGCUUGCUGCUGGACAUGGCAAAUAUUAUGAAAUUGCAAAUGAAAAAGAGUUUUUUGAUGAAUGUAAAAAGAGUAAACAAGUUGUUUGCCAUUUCUACAGAGAAAGUACCUUCAGGUGUAAAAUUGUGGACAAACAUCUUGCAAUUUUAGCUCCAAAGCAUUUAGAAACAAAAUUCAUCAAAAUCAAUGUUGAAAAAUGUCCGUUCUUGGUAGAACGCCUUAGAAUAGUUGUUUUGCCAACCUUGUGUAUUGCUAAAGAUGGCAAGACCACAGACUACAUUGUUGGGUUUGAUGACCUUGGUAGCAAAGAUGACUUUCCAACAGAAAUGAUGGAAUGGCGUUUGGGAGUUGCCACUAUCAUCAAUUACAGUGGCGAUCUGCUGACCCCUCCAGGAGCACAACCAACAAAGAAACCUGGUAUUCUAGGUCAUCAGAAGAAAAUCAUUCGUGGAGGUGAUGCUGAUGACAGCAGUGAUGAGGACGACUGGUAGAUGAACAUGACACUGUAGUAAAGUUUGAAUUACUUUCAGUUGUGUCCAUCAUAUUGGAAUCGUGUUGAUCUGAACUACAUUACGACUCAAGUGGUAGUCGAAAUGCAACACACACAAUGUUUGGUUCAAAUUAUUUAAAUUGUGACCUAUUUGUUGUGAAUUUAUUUAAUAAGGUACUUUUCUGGUCUUUACAUAGCGACUAGGAUAAUUAAUUUUAUCUGGGAUUUGACACUUGUUUUAAUCAAGAACAAAUCUGACAAAUAUUUUACAUUUAUGGUUUAAGUAUAAAUGAGAAAUACUGAGUAUGUAAAUAUAAUAUAUCUGAAGGGAUAGUACAUUUUAAAUGUUACAGACUGAAGCAAUGUGUUCUUGAGUUAUUACCCCUAUUUAUUAAUGGAUAAAUAUAUGAUCCAAAUCCAUAUUGUACAAGUAUCCUUCAUCAAACAUUUAAAAAAACAUUUACAAAUCCAACUUGUAAGCAUUCAUUACAGUGCAAACAAGUGAUAUAGUUUAUCAUUAUUAAAGGAUGCUGCAUGCCUAAAUAUAUUUUCGUAUUCAUUCUGGAUUGUCCGCAGUGCUUGACUCCUGACUUCAAAUAGACAAAUUGUAGACACAUGUUGGUAUGACAAACAUCAACAUACAUAAAAUGUGAACUGAGAACAGUAGACUUGAGAAAAAAUUACAAGGUAAACUUUCAGCACCUAACAGUAAACGUUGUAUAUAUAAAUUGUAAAAUAUUUUCACUAAAGGUAGUUAACUCUGUAAUAACAUAUUUAUAGUAAUGAUAGGGCCUAGUAUAUAUAGUCUUUGUGUUUCCUCAUGAUGAGUCAUCGAGGAGAUAUUAAAGAGAGGUCUGCCAUAAGCACUUGUGUUCCAAGUAAGUACGUAACUCAACAGCAUCCUCAAUUUGAUUUUGAAUUUCAUUUUUCAUGAAACUUCAUAUACAUAACAUAAUGUACUUGAAUUUCUAGCUCUCAUUUCUAGCAAUCAGCCCACUCAUAAAUCACCAUAAAAUGCUAUUUCAUUGUCCUAUGAUAUCCAAAACCAAGAAUUUUGAGUUAAAUAUUAGUCCCCCUUUGUGCAGUAUGAAUAUAUUGAAGAUAACCUAAACCUAGAAUUUUGAGUUAAAUAUUAGUCCCGCUUUAUGCAGUAUGAAUAUAUUGAAGCUUUGGUCAUUGUGAUAAUAAAAUAUUUGACAUUGUAAAACAUAAGCAACCCAUGUAUGUAUAUCAUUUGACAAUAAAUUGACAGUUUGUCUAUGACUCAUUUUCUUAGAACACGGUGGACAGUACUUCAAGGAUUUUCUGUUCAUUUUAGACUUUUCACCUUCGAUAAAACUUAAAUGGUAUUCCCAAAUAUUAUUGUAUAUUAUUAUUAGUCCUGUAAUGCCCUCAACACUUUCUUGUAAGUGGGGUAGUUGAGUAGUGAUUCAUAUCCUCUGUGAGAAAUGUGGUCAUUCAUAUCUGCAUGGAGUUUUUAAGAACACUUUGUCAUGAUUUUGAUUGUCUAGAAAUUCAUGCCAUUUAAAAAAUCAAUAAUAUUCUAAGUGGUUUUAUUAUAUGAUAUUGAUAUUUGUUUUUACAUACAAGAUAUUUCAUGGUGAUAAAAUUGAUUUAAACCACA